AUGAAUGAUAAUGAUGCCCUCAAGUUAGUGUUUGAUGUUUCCAACUCCAACACUUUACAAAACUCCUUACAGAUUCUCAUCCACAUUUCCAACUCCGACUCCCUGCACUUGUCACCAUACUUCACUCACAAACCCAUCUUUGUGUUUCAAGCUUCUCAGAAACCUGUUUUGGCUGGGAAGCAGCAUCAGAGGGCUAUUUGGGAACUUUGUAGUGACCGCGGUUGGCCUGUGGUGGCAGAACUAGUGAGAACUGUAUCUUCUCCUAGUUUUGGUGAAGAUUGGAUAAAGUUGCUUCUCUCAAGAAUUUGCUUUGAAGAAUCUCACUUGCCUCUAUUGUUUUCUAAAUUACGAUUUAAGGAUAUUCACGAGGGUGAAGAGAGUGAGUCAAAAGAUGAUCAAUUUUCAUCUGAACAAGCAUUUCUUCUGCGAACCCUAUCAGAAAUUUUGAAUGAGCGAAUUGGAGAUGUUACCGUUUCGAAGGAUGUUGUGUUGUUUGUUUAUGGCAUAUUCAAGAAAUCGACCGGAGUUCUUGAGCAUGCAGUGAGAGGGAAAUCUGGUCUUCCAAGUGGCAUUACUGCAGUGGAUGUUCUUGGCUACUCGCUUAUUAUAUUGAGGGACAUCUGUGCUCAUGAUAGUGUGGGAUGUAAUGCAGAGAAUGCAACCGAUGUUGUCAAUGUGUUAUUGUCAUACGGUCUCAUCGAGUUGCUUUUGAUCGUCCUUGGGGACCUUGAACCUCUGGCAAUAAUCAGAAAAGGAACCAAACAAUCAGAGAAUCAAGAUGGUGCUAGUUGUUCCUUGAAACCAUGCCCUUACAAGGGCUUUAAGAGAGACAUAGUUGCACUUAUUGGCAACUGUGUACACAGAAGAAAGCAUGCACAAGAUAAACUGAGGAAUCGGAAUGGAGUUCUAUUGCUAUUGCAGCAAUGUGUUACUGAUGAAGAUAAUCCUUUCCGGAGAGAAUGGGGCAUAUGGCGCGCAAAGCUUGUAGAUGUUUCAUGA